GAAGCUGCCUCCCAGCAUCCAGAUCUCUUCGUCGGCCUGACGUUGGCUGGCCUCAGUGCCGAGUCCAGAAAGAGGCGGCUGAGCAUGUGGGGUUGGACAUAUUACACCCUGCAGCGCCCCUUCCAAACAGUGAUCAACAACCCCCAACGGGCCCUUUGGAUCGUGGUGCUCACUGCCGGACUCCUGGCAAUGUUCUACUGGCGUUCGUCGAUGUACCUGACCGGCCCAAAAUGCGAACUGAUGGGGUGGACACUCCCACUUGCCAAGGGAUGUGGACAGAUGGUUAAGCUUACGACGACAUUGAUAUUGCUGCCCGUGUCAAGAACCACGAUGACGUGGUUGAGGGAGACGCCACUGCGCCGCAUUGUUCCCUUUGACGACGCCAUGCAAUUCCACAUCCUCCUGGGAACGCUCGGCUUCGUCUUUGCUUGGGUGCACACAAUCGCCCAUAUCAACGACAUCUACAGAUGGGGAGAUCCAAGAUCCUCAGAAUUGUAUCAUGCGGCCUUCCCAAAAGUACAGAAACAGCCGUCGUACUUUGAACUGUGCACAUCUUUGGUUGCGGUCACGGGCACAAUUCAACUGGUGACGUACUCCCUGGUGUUCGUGACAGCCUCCAAUUGGCCACGGAGGGCACCAUGGAUGGUGAAUACGUCACUUGGAAAGCAUUUGAAUAACUUCACAUUGAUAUGGCGGGUGCAUCUUCUUACCGUGGUGUACCUGGCCUCCCUGCUCUUCCAUCCCAUGCCACACAUCCCGGACGAGCAAAAUGAAUGGGGCCACAGCGAUGUUUGGGUGUGGGUCGGUGAGUACCAUUUGUGA